AUGUUCAUGCCAGGGGGUAAAUAUAAGAACAAGGACCUUGCGGACUUGAUAAUGGCCAUGCGCGAAGACUAUGGCAGCAUUCAUGUUGUGCCAGGCAUCAUGGGAGGACCUCCCAUGUUGAGUACACGCAAUCCCAAGGACUUCGAGGUAGUAUUCCGGCACGAGGGCACGUGGCCCAAUCGGCCUGGCGCCGACGCUCUUUUGUACCAUCGGCAGAUGCACAGAAAGGAUUUCUUUCAGGGCGUCGAGGGCGUCGCACCCACCCAAGGAAAGGCGUCAAUCAGGAAUUUGUGCAGCUGGACCCUGGAGUCAGCUUCCGUCGUGGCAUUGGACAGGCAGUUGGGACUGCUGAAGGAGUCGAACAAAAGGAUCGAAGCCACAAAGCUUUUCCACCUCUUGGAAGAUUUCUUUAAAGUAUCUGCUGAUCUGGAGCUGAAGCCCUCCGCCUGGCGCAUGUUCAAAACGCCCAAACUGAUGAAAAUGAUGAACAUUCUCGACACCAUUCUGUACAUUAUAUCGGCAUAUAUUGAUGAGGCGGUAGAGCGAUUGGAGAAGGAAGCCAAAGAGGGUGUUGUCCGUCCUGUGGACGAGCAGAGUGUACUGGAAAAGAUGCUCAAGGUCGACAAGAAGGUGGCCACAAUCAUGGCCAUGGACAUGCUAAUGGCCGGAGUUGAUACCACCUCUAGCACAUUUACAGGGGUCAUGCUCUGCCCUGCCAAGAAUCCAGAAAAGCAGGCCAUACUCCGAGAGGAGGUGAUGAAGAUACUACAAGGACUCGGAUUUCACGGAGGAAUCCAUGAAGAACUUCUCAAUCGGGACAGCGUUUUGAGCGGAUACCAAGUGCCAGCUGGUACCAGUGUGUCGAUGGUUCCCCUGAGCUUGCUAUCAAGCGAGGAGCACUUCCCCAAGGCUGCUGAGUUCCUGCCAGAACGUUGGAUUCGUAACGCCACAGACUCCACCGGGCAAUGCCCAGCGAAUGACUUGAAGCUGAAGAAUCCGUUUGUGUUCUUGCCCUUCGGAUUUGGACCCCGGAUGUGCGUUGGAAAGCGCAUCGUGGACAUGGAGUUGGAGCUGGGCAUCGCCCGGCUCCUUCGGAACUUCAACAUCGAGUUCAAUCACUCCACGGAAAAAGCUUUCCGCAGUGAACUGAUCAGCUUUCCCAACAUACCGCUCAAGUUCAAGUUCACGGAUUUGGCCAACUGA